CCCUUUUAGGGAUUGGCUAACAGGCUUGAAGAAGCCAAGUGGCUUGCUCGAGGUCGCCCUCCUAGGAAGUGGCCGAGCCCGUCCUCGAGACCAGACCUGCCUCUUUGCAGUCAGUGUGCUGCCCCAAACCCUUGCUUGGGCACGUACUCCUGGUGAAGCCUGGGUGGGGUCGUUAGAGUCGGCCGGCCCAGCUCCUAGCCUCUUGUCAGUGGUAUGGGUAGCUUGCCACACUUAAUGCCACCCUGCACAGCCCUGUCGGUAUCCUGAGUGAGGUCUUAAGGAAAGAAAAGAAAGUUCCACCAACUUGCACCCAGGGUCUGAAAAUGGGGGAUAGAUAAGACAAAGUUACAUUAAUACAGCAUCAGGGCAUAAUCGAAAGCAAAGGAAAAUACAUUCAGUGUGGUGAGAGCUUGUUAGCCUCAUUUAGCCUACGGUUUAAUAGACGUGGAAACAGGUUCAGAGACAUUAAGUAACUGUCCUACGUUUACAGAGUGUGGGUGGAGUGGGGAGUCGAACCUCCAUUUCUCUACCUUCAAAACGUAUGUGCUGUAUAUGCUACCAUUUCUUUUUUUCAAGCAAUUAUCUAAAUUUCUGGUUACAUGGUGGCAGCAUCCGGUAGACCAGUCGUUCUCAGUGCGCCCCAGGCCGGUAACAUCAGCAUCAACUGAGAAUAUUUUAGAAGUGCCCAAUCUUGGGCCCCACCUCAGACCGACUGAGUUAGAAACUGAAAGGGGGGCCCAGCAAUCUGUGUUUUAACACGUUCUCCAGGUGAUUCUGAUGCAGGCGAUUGUUUGAGAACUGGUGGUUCACCUAGGGGUCACGUUAAAAUGCAUAUUCUGUAAGUAGUUCCGGGGAAAGCCUGGAGAUUCUGCAUUUCUAACAGGUGCCUGGCUGAUACUGAAACUGCUGGUUCACAGAUCGUACUUUGAGUAGCAAGGGUGUAAACUACACUUUAGAGCAGUGGUUCUCAAACUCGGAUGCACAUUGGAAUUACCUGGGGAGCUUUUAAAAAAUAGGAUACCUGGGCCCCACCCCUGACCAAAUGAAUCAGAACCUCUGGGGUGUGGCAGCCAGGUAAAAAGUCAGCGGAUGAUUCUAACAUACAGUGAGGGUUCAGAACCACUGUUGUGGGGUUUGGAGUCAGGCAGCGAUGGAUUUGAAUCCCAGCACCUCCGCUUAUCACCUGUGUGACCUUGGGCAAGUGACUUAACCUCUCCCGGCCAUAUUUUCAUCAUUUAUAAAAGCGAGCAGCCGCAGUGUGGAAGAAUGGCAGUGAGCCACUCAGUGAAGGAGCGGACCAUCUCCGAGAACAGCCUGAUCAUCCUGCUGCAGGGCCUCCAGGGCCAGGUCACCACCGUGGACCUGCGGGAUGAGAGCAUGGCCCGCGGACGCAUAGACAACGUUGAUGCUUUCAUGAACAUCCGCCUGGCCCAGGUCACCUACACGGACCGUUGGGGGCAUCAGGUCGAGCUGGAUGACCUCUUUGUGACAGGCCGGAAUGUCCGUUACGUCCACAUCCCCGAUGAUGUGAACAUCACCGCGACCAUCGAGCAGCAGCUGCAGGUCAUCCAUCGGGUGCGCAACUUUGGCGGCAAGGGGAAAGGCCGGCGGGAAUUUCCCUCCAAAAACUAUAAGUGAGCCUGUCCCCUCAGCUAGCCCUGGUCCCCACUCAGGUUCCUCCAGAGUUCUACUGAGCCAAAGCCUGCUCUCCCUCCCCGCCCAGAACCUGGGAAGGGAGCAGGGCCAGCCCAGAAGCUGGUGUCUGACAGACAUCACCUGUCACAGCUGCCUUUCACAGGGUCCCACCUCCCAGACUCACCCUGGGACCCAGAAUUCUAGUUAUCUGUCUGUGGCCUUGGGGUAGAUGACAGUCCCCCCUUUGGAUCAUUAUUUAUCUGAAUCUCUGAUUUACUGGUUUAGGGAAUGUGUCAAAUAGUUUUCAACCCUCUCCCAGUGAGGAUUAUUAAAUGUGCUUGGCCUGAG